UAUUCUGUCUCUUGAUGGCAACGAUUUGGCCACAUGUGGACAGGCACUGAGAGGACACCUUAAGGGUCUUCUAGGUGAAGUUGUCACUUAAUUAGCAAGUGACAAUUAGUGAUACCUACGGCUCUGCGUUUUCAGGAGGAGACGGGACACUCUGUGUUUUUAUACAUUCCAGCUUUGGUCUGGGGAUUUCAGGACAAUUCUACUGGGACUACUGCUGCUGGACCUGUCUCCAAAGAGAAAGCAGUGAUCAAUCAUCAAUCCUGAGCGGUGCAGUCAUGGGCAGGCCGGAGGGGUUGGCCAGACCACCUCUGGUGUCCACCAUGGAGCUCUCUCUUCUGGCUCUCUGUCUUUUCGUCUCCACCGGGGUCUCCAGCCUCCCACAGCCUGUGCCUAGGGUUUCCCUAUCUUUCGACGACCUUCAGGCCUCCCACUCCUUUGAACACUACAGUAUAUCUGACAAGGCCAUGGACUACAGGAUCCUGCACAUGGACGAGGACCAGGACAGGAUGUAUGUGGGCAGUAAGGAUCACGUCCUCUCCAUGGACAUCAACAACAUCACACACGGCACACUGAAGGUGUUUUGGCCUGCAUCUCCCAGCAAGAUAGAGGAAUGUCAGAUGGCCGGCAAGGAUCCUACGCACGGCUGUGGGAACUUCAUCCGGGUGGUGCAGCCGUACAACAGGACCCAUUUGUUCAUGUGUGGCAGCGGAGCCUACAGUCCCGUCUGUGUCUUCAUCAACAGGGGUCGCAGGCCAGAGGAGCAAGUAUUUCACAUCGACUCCAGGACUGAAUCUGGAAAGGGGAGGUGUUCCUUCAACCCUCAAGUGAACACGGUGUCCGUCAUGCUCAACCAGGAGCUUUUUUCAGGCAUGUACAUCGACUUCAUGGGGACGGAUGCUGCCAUCUUUAGGAGUCUGACCAAGCAGAACGCAGUGCGAACGGACCAACACAACUCGAAAUGGCUUAGCGAGCCAAAUUUCAUCGACGCCCACCUCAUACCAGAUGGAACUGAUCCCAAUGACGCCAAACUCUAUUUCUUUUUCCGUGAGCGGCUGACGGACAAUAAUGGAAACACCAAAAAUAUCCACACAAUGGUUGCCAGAGUCUGUCCUAAUGACAUUGGAGGACAGAGGAGUCUGGUCAACAAGUGGACCACGUUUCUCAAAGCCAGGAUGGUGUGUUCAGUCCUGGAGGAGGAUGGAACUGAAACCCACUUUGAUGAACUGGAAAAUGUGUUUUUGCUGGAAACUGAACAACCCAAGAGUCUCCUGGUGUUUGGAGUCUUCACGUCCACGAGCUCGGUGUUCAAAGGCUCGGCCGUCUGUGUCUACAACAUGGCCGACGUCCUCACGGUCUUCAACGGACCCUUUGCUCACAGAGAGGGACCCAAUUUCCAGUGGACGGCAUUUCAAGGACGCAUUCCUUACCCCCGCCCUGGGACUUGCCCGGGUGGAGCCUUCACUCCUGACAUCCAGACAACAAAGGAGUUCCCUGACGAUGUGGUGACGUUUGUUCGAAAUCACCCGGUUAUGUUCAACCCCAUUUACCCAGUAGGGCGGCGACCCCUGGUGGUUCGCACCAACGCCGAGUACAGAUACACGUCCGUGGCCGUGGACCAGGUCAUGGCAGCGGAUGGCAACUACCAAGUACUCUUCCUGGGGACAGACAAAGGUACAAUACAGAAGGUGAUCGUCCUGCCCAGCAAUCACUCCCUGCAGGAAGAUCUCAUCCUGGAGGAGCUGGAAGUGUUUAAGGACCAAGCUCCUGUGACAAACCUUAGAAUCUCCUCCAAAAAGCAACAGCUGUACGUCAGCUCCGAGUUUGGGGUCUCGCAGGUCUCCCUGCACCGUUGCCACGCUUACGGCUCGGCCUGCGCCGACUGCUGCCUCGCCAGAGACCCCUACUGCGCCUGGGACGGCCUGAGCUGCUCGCGCUUCUAUCCUUCCAACAAGAGGAGAAGCCGAAGACAGGACGUGAUGCAUGGAAACCCACUCACUCAGUGCAGAGGGUUCAACCUGAAAGCCUACAGAAAUGCAGUGGAGAUGACACAAUAUGGCGUGAAAAACAACACCACCUUCCUGGAGUGUCUUCCCAAGUCUCCUCAGGCCUCCAUUCGAUGGCUCAUACACAGGGACAACGACAGGAGGAAAGAGGUAAAGCUGAGUGAGCGCGUCCUCUCCACGGAGCAGGGCCUCCUGAUUCGCUCCGUGCAACUCUCGGACCAGGGUCUCUACUACUGCCUGACCACCGAGAACGGCUUCAAGCGAACCGUGGCCAAGAUCCGCCUGCGCGUGUUGAGCGAGGCGAUGGUGAGCGUGUUAAUGGACAAGCAGCAGCCCUGGGCCUGGGCCAGCUCUUUGCACCCCAAGGCCCUGCUGUCAGCCUUCAGUCCUGCAGAGAGCAUGGCGGUCCAGCAGUACUGCAAAGAGAGGAAGGAGCUCCAGAAACAACAACAACCAAAACAGCAGCAGCCUCAGCCACCGGGGCCCCUCAGAGGUGACCUGGCCAAACUGAAGCCCCUGCUGGACCUGAGGAAGAGCCGCAACCGGCGCAAUCACCUCCCGGAUGUCUAGCCCCGGGAGCUGGCAGUAAAACAGACAGACAUGUAAACCGUUGUCCUUAUCCUGUAGCCAACCAGGCAGUUUACAAAUCCUCAUGUACAGUCAGACCGAGACCAGGACGUGGGCGUUGGGAGGAUCUGUGACCAGGUGGGGGUGCACCCACGAACCAUGGUUUCAUUCACGAUACAAACUGAAGUGUCCACGCUAGCGCAGUUGCACGCUUUGAGAUACAGUAAAGAUCAGUGAACCUGGACAGCAGGGUUGAUGACAAAUCUGAAAAUGAAAAAAGGGAAAUAAAUGCAUGUUUAAUAACGACGAGUGCACCUUCCCCGUACACUCAGUAUUACUGUAGUAUUUUACUAGAUUCUACUCACUUUAUCAAUAACUAACAGCGUUCUGUUGUUCUAUGACAAAACAAUUAGCAGAGGUUGGUGUGAAUAUGAACCAUUUAAAACAGUGAUUAAAAAAAAAGAACUGGACGAUAACAGCAUGCGUUCCUGCAGUCACAUCCCAUAAUUAUCUCUAACGUUAAUGUAAAUACGCCUGAAGCUAAUGUCCCAGCUGCAUUCUGGAUCUGUAACAUUCAUACUUCUGGGUUUUUCUUCCCUGCGCAGCUGCAUGUUUGUACUAUUGAAAUAUAAUAAUAACAACUCACUCAAAUUAUUUUACAGAUUGAUUUGACAUUUUGGGAAACAUAAAUGUUAGUUUUAUGAUUUGGGAGAUUGAUUCCACACUUAGUUUAGCCCAAAAGCUUAGCUAUUCUAGAAUCCUAGUAGCGUUAGCGUCUUUAGCAUACCAGUUUCUCAGAAGUUCAUGAAAAAAAGUAAAACUUUCAGGAAACAACGUUAAUCUGACUAAACACAGUGAAACCUCUUGUGCUAAGCUAGGCUAAUUAGCUGUGCAUAUCAGGUUAAUACAGGUGCUGUAUUAAUCUUGUAAUUAACAGCAGUAAACAAUGCUAGCUAUCUACAGCUCCUUUUUUUUUUUUUUUUUUCUUUAGUCAGUAAAAGGGCCUUGUUUAUUUUUUAAUUUGACUGGGAUGUGGCCCACAUCAUUUGGGUCGUUACAUAUUUUUAACCACGUUUGGGUCAUUGACUAUUUUUUUUAACUUGGGUUCGGACAAACGUUUAGCCCCGUGUAGUUCAGUGUACACCUGUGGGGUAGACCCACAUAUUUGACAUAUGUGAAUACACUUAGCUGAUUGUAUGUACAGUAGCUAGAGAGUAUUUGUUGCGUGUGUACAGUUUUCUUGUUUAUUUGUUUCAUCCUGUUAAUUUAAUUCGCCAUAUUUUCUAAAAAAAAUGUUUGUUUUUUUUUGUUGUGUACAUAAAUUCCAAAUACUUCACCCACUAACUCCGACCGUAUCUGCAAAUCGUGGAGAUAAAAUUAAGAUUUAUUUUCAUUCUCAGAAAAAGAGACUUUCCCACAGCUCCUUCGCCUGUACAUAUACACCCCAAAUAAAACGGUGUGACCAACAUCACAUACUUUUAGUCUUAUGAACCACGAUAUGUACUGUAUCUGUAUUUAUUAAUGUCAUGACAGCCUGAAUAAAUAUGUUCAAACGGGGCUGAUGAAUAU